CCAGCUCACCUGUAGACGCGUUUUUGAGGCUUGUGUCAUCGAAAAUGAAGUUGUACUACGUGCGUUUGCUGUCGAAAUGAAAACCUGUGUCUGUGUGUUAUUAGUGUUAAGUGUGCGACAGACAGUGUCUAGUGAAAUGUCAUGCUCCAAAGAUUUGUGACGCGUCAGCUGUUCAUAACAUGGCUUGUGGAAGUUUGUCAACUGGGAACGAGGAAGCUUUACGGUUCUUGGAUAGUCUGCAAAAUGAUCUGAAGAACUUGUCAAUAGAGACGAGGAAAAAAUUUCCGCAGAUUAAAGAGUCAUGUGAAGAAGGCAUUGCAAAGCUCCGUAAUGCUGCAGCACAUCCUCAGACACCAGUUUACUAUGUCGUGAACCAAAUACUCUAUCCACUGGUUCAGGGAUGUGAGACCAAGGACCCAAAGAUUGUGAAGUUAUGCCUGGGAAUAAUGCAGCGGCUGAUGACUCAGCAGGCUGUUGAUCAGAAAGGAGCAAGAUACAUAACUGAUACUCUUUGGAUGCUAAUGGAAUCUGGGACUGAGGAGGUUAAGGUCUUGCAGAGUGUCACUUUGCUGUUGACUACAAAUACUGUUGUACAUGGUGACACGCUUGCAAGGAAUUUGGUUCUUUGUUUUCGUUUACAUUUUACCAAAGAUUCAACAACUAUUAAUACUGCUGGAGCAACUGUUAGACAAUUAGUUUCAUUAGUAUUUGAAAGAGUUGUUGCCGAAGAUGAAGCGUACUAUGAUCGUGACACAGGAGUGCAGAAAGAUAUUAAUCUGGAGGAGCUGAAGGUUCCUAGUAAUGUUGCACCUAAAGGUUUAAGACUAUGUGCUGCUGAUGCGUAUCUAAUGUUUCAGGACCUUGUGCAGCUUGUAAAUGCUGAUCAACCAUAUUGGUUAAUUGGAAUGACUGAGAUGACACGCACAUUUGGCUUGGAACUGCUGGAGUCAGUUCUGACAAAUUUUUCAUCUGUAUUUUACCAGCAUCCAGAAUUCAGUUUCUUGUUAAAGGAAAGAGUGUGUGCAUUGGUUAUAAAAUUGUUUUCCCCAAAUAUAAAGUAUCGAAGUUCUGUACCACAGAGUAUACAACAAGCAACUCCGUUGGACAAGCCGUAUUUUCCAAUAAGCAUGAGACUGCUAAGGGUAGUCUCUAUUCUAAUUCAAAAAUAUCACAGCUUGCUGGUUACAGAAUGUGAAAUAUUCCUAUCACUGAUUGUAAAAUUUCUGGAUCCGGAUAAACCAGCCUGGCAGCGUUCUCUCGCAUUGGAAGUCUUGCAUAAAAUGACUGUUCAGCCAGAAUUACUGAAGUCAUUCUGUGAAUGUUACGACCUUAAAGCACACGCUACAAAUAUUUUUCAAGACAUUGUUAAUUCACUUGGUGCUUAUGUCCAGUCACUCUUUGUAAAUCCACAGUUAAUGGGCCAAGCAUCUGUGUCAGGUGCAGCAGUGCCUGUUGCUCAGGGCCAGCCGCCUGCACUGCUAGCAGGUAUGCCAGUGGGACCUGGGGUGUCUCCACAACCCGGAUUCUUCUCUAGAGGAGUAUGGCUCCCUGUCGUAGCUACCUUCUCAAGUGGGCAGGCAAGAGCAACAUACCUUGAAAUGCUGGAUAAAAUUGAACCACCAGUGAUUCCAGAUGGGUAUGGCAUAUCUGUGGCAUAUGCUUGCCUCUUGGAUAUCAUCCGUUCUGUUGCAAUCAUAAUAGAAGGUACACCACCUGCAGUCGAAGAGCAGCCUGCACCAGGAAAGUACAGUGGGUCAGAAGAGGAAAAAGUUCUUCAUUGCCAGCUUAUAAAUUCUAGUUGGUGUGGUCUGCUAGCGGCACUCAGUCCCCUGAUAGAUGCUAGUACUGAUGAAUCUGCUUCCGAAAAUGUCUUAAAAGCGAUACAGACAUUUGCCAGUCUGUGUGGAAUGCUGGAUUUACAGAUACCGAGAGAUGCUUUCAUUACUGCAAUCUGCAAAGCUUCAUUGCCACCGCAUUAUGCACUGACAAUUCUAAAUUCUGCACCACAAGGAGCUGGAUCUGGAAGGGGUCAUUCCCGCACUAGCAGCCAGGAUAUGAAUUCCCAGUACAAUGUCAGUGCUUACAAUGAAACUGACUUCAGACAGCAAGUAGUAGCAGUGGGAACUCCAUUGCCUACAGCAUCUUUACCCAUUGGUGCCCAGCAGGGUCCAGUCAUGUUGACAGCAAAGAAUCUACAGUGCAUGAGAGCUUUACUGAGUGUAGCUCACUGUCAUGGAAGUAUAUUAGGCACUUCAUGGCACCUGGUGCUGACAACAUUACAGCAUCUGGUAUGGAUUUUGGGCCUGAAGCCUUCUACAGGUGGUAGUUUGAAAGCUGGCCGAACAACGGCUGAUUCCAAUGCUGUAAUAACAACAGCGGUAAUGGCUGAUUUACCAGUCCUUUCAGCUAUGCUGAGCCGAUUGUUUGAAUCCAGUCAGUAUUUGGAUGAUGUUGCUUUGCAUCACCUUAUUGAUGCACUUUGUAAGCUCUCUCAUGAGGCAAUGGAGCUAGCGUAUUCCAAUCGUGAACCAUCUUUGUUUGCCGUUGCCAAACUUCUGGAAACAGGACUUGUUAAUUUACCUAGAGUGGAAGUCUUGUGGAGACCUCUAACCAAUCAUCUUUUGGAAGUCUGUCAACAUCCUCAUAUUCGGAUGAGGGAGUGGGGAGUUGAAGCUAUUACAUACCUUGUUAAAGCUGCAAUGCAACAUAAAUACCAACCUCCACUAAGAGAGAACCAGAAGCUUCAGACACUCCUCCUUGGACCUCUGUCUGAGCUUUCUUCUGUACCACAUGGCGAUGUUCGGCAGAGGCAAUUGGAAUGUGUUCUACAUGUCUUACAUGGGGCUGGAGAAACAUUGUCUCAUGGGUGGCCAUUGGUACUUGGGAUAAUUGGAGCUGUCUCUGAUCAUCAUGGGGAAAACCUUAUAAGAAUAGCUUUCCAGUGUCUCCAGUUAGUUGUAACCGAUUUCUUGCCAGUGAUGCCAUGGAGGUGCUUGCCACUUUGUGUUGAUACAGCUGCAAAAUUUGGUUCUCAGACUCAAGAACUUAAUAUUUCUUUAACUGCAGUUGGCCUCAUGUGGAAUAUUUCUGACUACUUUUUCCAGAACCAAGAUAAAUUGUGCCAAUCUUUGACGGGUGAUAAUACCGUAUUUCCAAAUUUUCCUGGAAUAUCAGAUCUACCACACUUUGAUAAAUUGUGGAUGUGCCUUUACUCCAGGCUCGGUGAUCUGUGUGUUGAUUCAAGACCAGCUGUACGCAAGUCAGCUGGACAGACAUUAUUUUCUACAAUAUCAGCUCAUGGAGGUUUGCUGAGUCAGAUUACGUGGCAGUCAAUUGUGUGGCAGGUUUUGUUCCCACUGCUGGACAAUGUCAGGCGACUUUCAAGUUCAGCAAGCAAUGAGAAAGUGGAUACAGGAGGAAAUAUUUUAAUCCAUCAUUCUAGAAACACUGCCCAGAAACAGUGGGCAGAAACACAGGUGCUUACAUUAUCAGGAGUAGCAAGGGUUUUCAACACAAAGAGGCAGAUUUUACGUGCUGUUCCUGGUGAUUUUCCUCGUGCCUGGUCACUUCUCCUUGAAUUUAUUGAAAACUCUGCAUUGAGUAAAAAUGAUGAGGUUUCCUUAGCUGCCCUGAAAGCCUUCCAGGAUAUAUUGUAUUGGAACCAAGACAGUGAAGGAAAAUUAGUGACAGUAAAUCAAGCAACUGUAACCAACGAAGAGCCAGAUAUAUGGGAUGUUGCAUGGAAAGUGUGGUGUAAUAUAGGUGCUGAGAGUACAAAAUUAUGUUUUGAUGUGAAAGAAUUCUAUGUUCCUUCACAGCCAUUUCUAACAGCACUGAUACAGAUAUUUCCUGCUGUUUUCCAACACACUAGAGAGAGGUUUUCAACAACAGAUCUUCUGAAACUUUGCGAGAUUCUGCAGAAUGCAGUGGCUAUUCCUGUUUUGGGUGACAUAUCUCCAUUUGUUCUCCCUACUGUUAGUGAUGCUGGGCUCACACAACUUCAAGAAGGUGUUCUUCACUGUAUUGAGCUGCUGAAAAAGGAAGCAUUGACUGGCCAAAAAAAUAUGAAGAAAAUGAUUGCACCAAUAUUUGACCAGCUUCUAGCUUUUAGCAAAUAUGCUUGCCAACCUCCCGUUUUUGGGAAGGCAGACACAAAGAAUGGAACGCAAGUAAAAGGGGCUGCAAUGGGUGAGUGGAUGGCUGUGAAUUACAUUCCAUUUGGUGAAAAGGCUUUGACUAUGGCCAUAGAGUUGUACAGAAUCACUGCUAGUGAUAUGUCUGUGAUAAAUGCCUGUGUCCUGCACAAAAUUAUUUGUGCAUUACAUGUUCCGUUGUCAAUGAAGUAUAGCUGUCCAUCUCCUACAACAUGGAAGUUAGCGGUCACAGGUUUGUUAACUGUGCUUCAAAUUGGUCUUCCGCUGGCAAGAAAGCAUCGUCAAGAAUUCCAGCAGAUGUGGCCACAGCUUGCUGAAACCUUGGAUAAAUUUUUGUUUCCAACAAGUGCACCAACAUGUGAUCGAUGCCCUGAAGAGCUCCAGGCAGAUGAAGCAGUGGAUUGCAAAGUAAUAGAAUUACUGCGUGAUGAAGUAUUACCUCAUGUUCAUUCUAUUCAGAAAGAGUUUAUUCUUAAAGUGGUCGUCCUGCUAAACAAAGGCUCAAUUCAUUCUGCAAGUAGUCCCAGCUCUGAUUAUGUGGCUGAACCAAAACUAAGAGAAGAAUUUGCAAAAACUUGUUUUGAGACUUUGCUGCAGUUUUCAUUACAAGAUGGUGCUGAUGAAUGUGCUGAGGAAAUAACAGAAGGUGGUGUGGCAGGAAGAUUAGCUGUCACUGCUCUUCUAACAAGGUUCCAAGAAGUACUACACCAGUAUGUUGAAGAUGAAAGGAAGAACGGAAAUUGCCCAUUGCCAAGGUAUAGGUUGUCAGAGAUAUCUUUUGUACUGAAAGCUGUUGGAACUUUGGUAUUAUCACUGAAGAAAGCUCCACCAGGAAAAGUGAAUGAAUCAUCAUGGGAACAACUGAUUGCGUUGUACCCCUAUUUAGUGGACUGCACAACUACAAAAUCAACACAAGUUUCAAGUUCGCUUCGUGAAGCGUUACUGCAGUACGCGGACCUUUUGCAUUCGCCUAAAAGAUAUCAUAAUGGUGUAUGAUAGUGUUAUAUUUGUGCUGUUUGUGUGAACUGACACUGAGAUUGUAGCGUUGAUGCCUGCAGCCUAUUUAAGUACAAAGUUAAUUGAGAGACAAUGAACAUACACAUGCGUGCAGCAGCAAGAGCUAUGGACACUGGAAGUGCACAGAGAUUCAGUGGUGCUGCCCCUCUGUCACACACCAAAAAUGGCAGGAUAAAGACUGUAAUAUCAUCUUCUUCCUUCCAUUGAAACACUAAUGUGAAUGACAGAGGUGUGGAUGUGAGACUCAUAUUUAAAAAUGAUGUUAGAGUUCCUGGAUGGUUUUGGGAGAACUUCAACAUUUUAUUCCUCAGGUCCUCACCACUGCUGUUCUACACCCAUAUGUAGUGCUGUGUACUCAUUUCAGUGAGACACUAAAGGGAAGUAUUUCCUUGUCCAUCCUCCCUUUGCCUACUGUUGCAAAAACUGAUGCUAUCAAAGCUGUCACCGUAAUUGCUACAUUGCGAUGUGUACUUUGUCCAACCUGUGUACAGUCACACACUUUUUCUUUGUGACUUGACUCCCUACUCCUCACUAGGCAGGAGACUGGGCACCGAUAUGCCAUUUUCAGUAUUUUUGCAUUUAAUUUCGGAUUUUUCUGAAAAAUGAUAUUAAUCACAUGAUUUCAGCUUGAUAUAUGAGAAAUUUUAAGUUUUGGUUAUUUCCACAUCUUGUUCUUGGUAACAUUCAGUGAAGGGGAUGGAGCUCACUCCCAAAAUAUUUCUCUCCCUGCAGCACUUCUAUAAAACUGGCCAAGAAAGUGUGUGUGGACUGCAAACUUUAAGCUACUUCGAAAUUGACAUCUCCACAGAUGAAGCUCAGUACUGGGCAGCUGGUAGCUAGUUCAUUAAUGCCAUUGUGUGUAUAUUUGGAGUUCUGAUUGCUUCAUUUAUUUUAUUACACAUAGCAAAUUACUGAUGAUGGAUUUUGAUCAUGGGAUUUGUGUUAUAUGAAUGUUCUUCUUACUUUGGAUGCUAUCCAAAUGGUGCUAUUUCCUUGAAUAUUUAGUGACUGUAGUUCUCAUGUUCUCAACAUUGACUGAAGCUCCUUUUAAUAGAACAUACUAUGCUGCCCUGCUGUAUAUUAUUGUUGGAAUAUGAUUAGAACUUUGACACAUUUUUGUCAUCAUGUGUGUUUUAUUACAGCUGACAAACAAUUGUAGCUUUCUUUUCAAGUAACUUAUUACUUUCCAAAAGUUAGUACCUUGAGAGGCAGCUUAAAAUGUUACCGUUAUGCGUAAGUUGCACACAUCCCUGCGUGCCACCAGAGGUAUUGUCGCCAUAUCAGUAUUCAGUUGAAGCUAUGAAAUGUAAGUUAAAUGUGUAUAACAUUUCUGUUACCUUGGACCAUUAAUAACAUUCUUUUUUGUUCAUUAUCACUUUUUCUAUAAAUUAUUUUCCUGUUUAAUCACAAUACAAAGCUGAUCUCCCUGGAAACCAAAUAUAAUGAAAUACUCUUUAGUUGGGGCACCAAAUUAAUCUUUGUUCUAAACAAUAACAGGAUUCUUGUUGCCCCCCCAAUAAGGAAACAGUGUUCUUUGCCUGAAACUCAAUAGAAUUACUGAAAUAUUAAGUAUCAAGAGAUUCUGCCUCACUGGUAUUUGCGUCAGGGAAAAAUAAUUACGUAAGGUCUUACAUCUUUGAGUGUGAGAGUUUCUGAUGUAAAUAUAUAUCUUCCUUUCUAUGUAUGUUCUGCAAUAUUUUCAUUGUUUCAAAUUUCCUUGUAUUUCAAGUCAUUCCUGUCUACUUCCAGAACUUCAGUAACAGUUUUUUACAAUGGUCAGAUAUCUGCAUCCAUGUUUGACAGACAUAAUAGUUUCUGUUGUAACAUAAAUGUGAUUAACUGGGUCUGCUCUGAUAACAAGGCAGUGGACACCAUAGAAGUUUCCAAGAUCUUUAUAAAUCACUGUUAUUACUUUGUGAAUUAGUCGUGGCUUUUUCAGGUGUCAUUGAUAAUGUUAGAAGUUCGAAACUUCUCUGUAAUUCUUUUUCAUACAACAGAAAAUUAUGUGAAUUCUGAGGGUGGUUACCACACUCAUUGCUUUCAUUCUUAGAUGUCUUUGUAUCUUCAGUAAUUAUUGUUUUAUUUUUAUCACAGAUGCACCAAACAUUAUUUUACAGACCUUUUUGGAUCUUGUUAUUGAACCAUCAUUGUUCUUUUUGUAGUCCAUUUUAUUAGUCGAUAAACAUAAUUUUCUGUUUACAGAAGACUCAUUUUUCAAAAUACUCAAGUAAUUUUACUUGUUUGUUUACUAUUCUCUUUAAGAUUGUUGUUCAAAUUUAUUUGUGAAGUAUGUUUACUGUCUCAUUAUGCAACUUCAAAAUAUCAAACAAAUCACAUUACUUCUAUAGGAUUUUAUGAGGCUAUUGAAUAGAUUGUGUUUAUAUAUACAUUUUAUUGUGCAGGCACGACUUACCGUAAGUAAUGAGACUUUUCAAUUGCCGUUUCCUUUGAAAAAUAUAUAUUGUCAGUUAACAGAAUUGUCAUGUAGUGUCAUUAUUUCAUUCCCAAAUCUAGAAAAUAGAAUAGGCAACUGUGAACAUGUUCCACUUCUGAACAGCAGUAGUUCCAUACAUACAUCUCCUCUAAUUCACAUUUCACAAGUGGAUACCACACUUUUUUUCCAGUGAUCUGAUUCUAUAUAUAAGAGAUUUUAUGAUCAGAUCAGCAGUUUCAUUUGUUGGGGAGGAAAAGUUUGUAUUAAUUACUACAAAAGCUGUCUGUGUAACUAAAAUGGCAUUAUAUUUAUUGCUGUGGCUCACUGAGUGGUGUAAAUCUAUCUAGUUGCUGUAAUUUCGGCAGCUUGUGUAUCAAGUUUGCCAUGUGUGAUUGUUCAGAGUAACUGACCAUAUAGAGUACAUGUGGAAUAUUGUGUCAUCUGUGUGGACUUCAUGAUGAUAUGAUAGAGAGAAGGGCGCAUAUGGAAACUUGUAGCUUUAGACAGCUUACUCCUCAUGAAUGGCACCAAGAGGAUGCUGGACAUAGAACACACACGUCGCCAUCAGUAGGGUAAAUCCUACUGUUAAAACUCUCUUCCACUACUAGCAUUUGAAUCAGUUACCUUUGAGCCGAAGAUUUUCACAAAAUUGUGGGUUAAUGACCUCAUUCAUGAACUGCAAUCAUACAUUAAUGACUGAAUGGAGCAGCUAGUUAAAUUUUGCAUGGUAGAAGGAAUUUUCAUCACAGUAAAUGUUUGGCUGGUCAUGGGAGGAGAGUUAACUGUGUACAAUUUAUUUUCACGGACUGUGCAGCAAUAUCCUGGGUUAAAUCUCAAACAUCUGCAGUCUCUUCAUGUGCCACUGUUAAUGGUUAUCAGCCCACUGGGUGGGAGUGUUGAGACUAUGACCCUCUUCGUGCUAUUAUCGGUGCGUGGGCCAUAUACCUUCAGUGGAUUUCACCUUCUCUGUGUCUUCUAUUUGUGUAAACAUCUGUAAUAACACAAGUGCAAGUGCUUAUAAAAAAAUUUAAAAAAUAAAAAAUUAUCCAUGCAACACAGGGAUACACUUUUUGCACUAUGCUGAGGAAUAAGAUGAACCGUACUCUUAUAUCUCAGUAUGUCUCCAACACUCUGAAAAUGAGUCACAUUGUUUGGGUUUAAACUAAGGACCAGGCCUCUAACAACAAUGUGAACCUCAUGGGUCUUCUCAGGUGAAUUAGUAAUAGGACUGUGUUUUGUGGCAGGAGAAGAAAGUUUUAUAGGUCAGUGAAGCCACAGACAAUAAUUUCCAUUUUUUAUUGUUUUCAUGUUUGAAAUUGUCCUUGUCUAAUAAAUUCCUGUGUUUCAUUAGUACCAUUUUGGGUUUUGUCAAUGAAGUAUUCAACUAAGAUGAUUUAUUCUGAUCACAAUUUUGGUUUCAGGACACUUUUCCAGGUGUCAUGACGUGUCACACCUGCUUACUGGAAAAGAAAAAUGGUGUAUACUGUCACAGUCGUGUGCCAUUGUAUGUUAGAUGCAAGUUGGGCAAGGGUGAGGGGUGAAGGUAGCAUAGUAGCAAUCUAAAUGAAUGUGAACAACUACUGAAAUGAUGCACUGACUGGUGUACUGUUUAAAUAAUAUUCUGACUGGUUGAUGUACUAAGCAACCAGUUUUUAAUGUCUCUUGGAAAUUUACACAAAAAACUUCCUGUCAUUAACAUUUGCUACUAAUUUCCUUUUUAUUCUUUAUAUAGCUUUUCAAAAAUUGUAAUUUCUCUUUAUCAUUAUGUGAAUCACAUUUGACUCUCAAUGUUAAUAAGUGUGUUGUUUGAGGUUUACUGUUUCAUUGAUAAUGAGAUCAGUGGAGAGUGUCAAGAUUAAGAGAUCCUCUCUCUUGUCUUGCAGCACAUGGUUCUUACAGAACCAUAUGCUCCACAUUGUUACAUAUAUUUGAACUCAGUUCUACACAGAGCAAAACCUAGAAAAAAACAUGGAAGUUAUUAAAUACUUUCUAAGCUGUUACUGUCUUACAAUAUUACGUCUUGUCUGUGGUUCAGAAAAUUCAGGAUUGUCACAGAUGCAGAGUCUACAUAUUGAUUGUUAUCCAAAAUAUUUGCCUUGUGGGCAUCUCCUACUUGUUAGUGCCAUACAUUUAUGUUAAAUGCCCAUAGAUAUCUGGUAAUUUUGAAACAUUUAUGAAUUGGAAUUUUGUAAUACAAAUCUCUAUCUGGGUUGAUUUGGUUUCCCAUUUUCACACAGGAAUGGACAGUUGCAGGCAGGCAGGCAGGCAUCAUCACGUGAACAGAGACUGUAUUAUUAUUUCUAAUAAAAAAAUAAACUUUGAGCUACAUUCAGCA